AGUAUGGCGCAUGAGAAGGGAUCUAAAGGAUUAAAUGAUGAUUAUAAGGAACGUCUGCAUAAGUUUUUCUCUUCGACCGAGGAUUUGAUCAAGCUUAUGAUAAUGGAAGAUGAAAACAUUUUGAUGCAUGGAGACUUUAGGACAAGCAAUCUAAUGCACAGGCGUCGCAAAGGAAAGCUGGAGAUAGUUCCUCUAGACUACCAAAUCAUAAGGAAUGGAAAUCCAGUAUCCGACCUCAUGUAUUUCGUCUUCUCCGGCUCUGAUGAGGAGUUCCGCCGUUGCCACUACCAGAGGCUCAUGGACCACUACUUCACGCAGCUGACCUUGGCGCUGCGGCAGCUUCAUGUGGACGUGGAGAAGGUGUACCCUAGGGAGACGUUUGACGCUGACCUGAUUAGGAUGAGACCCCUAGGUCUAUUCCUAGGUCUAUUAAUGGUGGGGAUAGUGACUGUGGCCCCAGAAGAUGCGCUGAAUGUGGAUAGCGACAUUAACAUGAUAAUGCAGUUGCGGUGGUGUGGCCAUGUUUCGAGGAUGUCUGAGAGUCGGGUAGCGAAGCGCAUUUUCUACUCUGAGCUGCAGGACGGCAAGCGGAAACCAGGCGGCCAAUUCCUCCGUUAUAAGGAUGUUCAAAAGAGGCACAUGAGGCGAUGCAAUACUGACCCCUCUGAGUGGGAAGCGCAAGCGGCGAAGCAUCCGGAGUGGAGACGGAUGGUGCAUUUAAAGGUUGAUGAUUUUGAAGAGCGGAGGAGGGUAGGCCUUGAUAAUAAACGAGAUGCUCUAAAGGCCCGACCACCUACAGCCUUCACCUAUCAUACGUUGAAGGAGUCCUGA